AUGUCCUUUACAGGGUCAUUUAGUCACCGACAGAAGAGCAGUGACAACAACGAUUCACAAGCCUCUCAAGAGCAGAAUCAAAGCAUUGUUGAGAACCACAGCUUCCGAGACCAUGAUGCAGAGACCUUUGCGCAACCACAGCCAGAGCCAAUACUCGCAGAUAGCCAGGACUUGUACUCCUCUCAAAUUGGCUCGGAUGAUGAUACUACAAACUCACACGCGGCAACUCACUUGCGGGAGCACCUUCAGGUAAGCGGCAGCUCGAUGCGUGAGCGAUUCAGCACGUUUGGGUGGAUCUCGAGACAAGAUCAACAAAGAUCAUUCGCAGCCCUGACACCUGAGACAUCACCACGAAGACAGCCACAUUCCCAGGACGAUGCUCCGAUAGUGCAGAAUGAUACUGCGACCAAUAACGACUCAUGGCAGACUCAACCUACGUUACCUUGGUGCCCGCCGUGGAACGCUCCAUCACCCGGAGGUACGCAGCAAGCACCAAUAUUCACUGAUGUAUCCUUCCAUGCAUCACAAGCAACGACAAUCGAUGAGGACCCGAUGGACCUACCGCCUUGUAAUGGAAGCCCGACACUGAGCCAGCAAGCUCUCCACGACAUUGCUGACCGACUAUUCGCGCAUCGCACUUUUGGGCCGCCAAAACCAGAGCCUGUCGGUCAGCCAUCGGUUUGGGCUGAUGCACGCAUGGAUCUCUGCGAGACUCUGCACUACUUCCGCAGCUAUCAGAGCGCUUGCCACUCCACUGGCGGUUUCGUUAGAGGUUUCAUGUUUGAUAAAGUCGCCCACCCUCGUGACUACAUCGACAGCAACGUAGUCAUUGCACGUGCGGGUGGCGGCCAAGUCAAAGACAAAGACUCUGGCGAGAUGAAAGCCAGUGGCGAUCAGGUCGAGGGCACUACCUCGCAGAAUUUGAAAAACUGUAUGAGCCACUACAACCCAGUGGUGAUCAUCACGGGAAUCGACAACCCACACAUGCCAUCACAGCCUCCGCACCAGUACUGCGUCUUGGACUACUUCAAACCCACCCACACUUGGGUGGAGAAGAGUGGAAACAGCAAGAUCGUGCGAUAUCGUUUCGAGAAACUGAACGCAAGGAAGGAUUCUUGGUGGCGUCCAAUAGACGUCGAAGAUCCUGUCGAACUUGGCUCCUUCUCACCACCAUUCAUCAAGUCUUGUGGCACCUGUGCGCGCGAGUCACUGCAGAUCUAUCUGAAUGGCUGGAUGUGCCUCCAGCCAACCUGCGGGUUGUUCUGGUUAAUCCUCCCGUCCAGCCCCGACUCUCCUCGAGGAAGUGAACCAUUCGAGCCCGACGAAGCAUCUCUAGUCUACGAUCCGCGCUUCCUCAAAGUCCACACACCCUGGCCCAACGACGACCACGAGUAUCCAUUGACCUCCAAUGAUGCCAUGCUAUCUAGUCAUGCCGUUCCAGGCGAAGACACUUCAGAAGCGUUCAUCAGAGGCGCGGUAUGCCCCUUAUGCGGGCGCUGCAACUCCCGCAUAAGCUGGACGGGGUGGGAAUGCCCAUGCGGCUGGACAAAAACACCACCCCACACCCUCAUCCCCGCGCUCUCCCUCCGCGAGCCCCUCUGGCCACUGACGCACAACUACACACCCUCGCGCGACACACACUCCCCCCUCGUCAAAGUCUUCGUCUCCUUCGCACACAACUACCGCAUAAACCGGUACUCUCUCCCCGGCAUCAGCGGCUUCAUAAUACACAUGGUCGCCAACCGCACCGUGGUCUCGGAACCUGGCGGUCCGGACGCCAUGUUCGAAGAAUUGCAACGCGUCGACAUUGGACUGCGCCGGCGGAUGAUAGAGAACAGGCAGCUCAAGGGCGGAACAUACACGCGCAACUUCCUCGUCAACUACGGUAUGCCGUACAAAUUCAUCGCCGCGACAGCCUCGCACUCCUUCCCGCCCUCCUCACACCCCAUCACCGCGGCACGUUCGCGCUUGAGCUGGGCGGCUAGAUAUCUGUUAUCCCACCCCCCUUCCACUCCACCAUCUCCUUCCUCUGAUGAUGAUGCAAUGUCAACCUCCACGACCUCCACCUCUUUUCACCCCUCCUUCGCACUGAGAGAGUUCGAGGAGAAGGAGUUCAAUGAAGUCCUCGCUCUCGGCUACUUCGAAUCGCAGCGCGUCUCGUACCACGACGACGGCGAAUUAGGUCUCGGGCCCACUAUCGCAACGAUCUCGCUUGGCGCACCGGGGACUAUGCGGAUCCGUCUCAAGGCGAAACACCACCUCGGCGUGUCCAAGGCGGGCGUGUAUACUGAUGCCGUACCAUUACCAGGCUGUUGCAAAUUUGAGGAGAGGAUGGCGCGGGUUGACGAGCUGCGCGACCUCAGAGCUACGGUUAGUUCGGGGCAGUAUAGGAACAGGUUAAAGCAGCUGCCCAAAGAGCUCGACCUCAAGACAUCAGGCAACGCCAGCGACGCUCUCACGAUGAAACUCGGGCACGGCGAUAUCAUCAUCAUGCACGGUGUGGAGAUGCAGAAGUACUACGAGCACUCUGUCGACCAUAGCGGAAAGUUGCGCUUCGCGCUAACAUGUCGGUAUAUCGACCCCGACUCUUUGUGCGAGAGCGAAAAGCCAAGGUAUCCAGUCGAGCCGGAUAAUGAAGGGUACGACGGCGCCGCUUGGACGUUGGAGGACGAGCAAGAGGGGAGCCUAUAA